AUGUUUGUUAUAGGUGGCAUUGACGAAGAUAGCAACCGCAUCAUUGUCGAAGUGGAUGAAUCCAAAUUUGGGAAGCGUAAAAGCCACAAAGGCCAUCGUGUUGAAGGUGUGUGGGUUGUUGGCGGUGUCGAGCGUACUCCUGAACGCAAGAUUUUUGUGACAACCGUCGAAGAUCGCAAGAAGGAUACUUUGCACCUCAUCUUGAGUAAUUACAUCAAAGAAGGUAGCGAAAUUCGAACAGACUGUUGGAAGGGGUACAAUGGUCUCGCACGUAUUCCUGGCAAACGCUACCGCCAUGAGACUGUCAACCACGCCAAGGAGUUCAAGACUGCAGCUGGUGUUCAUACAAAUACCAUCGAAGGAACCUGGAAUGGCAUCAAGUCCAUUAUUAAGGCCCGCCACAGAAGAGCUCCGAUCAUGAAGUAG